AUGCAUGAAGAAACUGGCAAUUCACCAGUGCUGGGAAAAACCUCUUUUUCCAUCGCAGACAUUCUGGAUCCCUCCAAAUUUACCGGGAAACAUCACGAGACGCAGAGAGACGUCAACACGCGGGAAAACUCAAGUUCACUUGCAAAUAAAGACAGUGCAAAGACGACGGAAUCUGAAAACCCAGCAGAUUCAAACAGUGUUUCUGGCGCGAAGGGGAAAUCGAAGCGGAUCCGCACCGCGUUCACACUGGAUCAGCUGCGCAUCCUGGAGCGAAGCUUCCAGAACAGCCACUAUCUGUCAGUGUUUGAGCGCCACUGCAUCGCCACGGCCCUCCGUCUCUCCGAAACACAGGUCAAGAUCUGGUUCCAGAACCGACGCACCAAAUGGAAGAAGGAACAAGAAGGUCAUGGAGGAGAGGAGCAGAAACACUGCGCACAUCCAGCAUUCAUGCAAAACUCUUGUAUUUAUGCGCUGCCUGGACAUCACGCAAACCCUGUGCAUUAUUACACACCACCUCACCACCACCACACCCUCGUGAUGUUCUGAUCUUAUUUUACUGUCCACCUCUUUUGGGAUGAGACCAAGAGACUGAUCUGAAGAAUCAAGAAUUUUUAAAUCUGUAAAUUAGAACCCAUAAAUGUUCUUGAAGAAUUUCCGUUGAAGAAAGUUUAUUUUAAGGAAUGAAUGAACACUAGCAAUAUAUUUAAUGUAAUAUUUAAUGUCUUUUUAUGGUAAUAAUAUGUAUAAUGUCAUUUACAUUUGUAUUUUAUACCACAUUUUAAAGUAAUUGAAUGUA